CAUAGAGAUAAACAGUACGGCCGCCAUUACUGCAUUCAGUAUUGUCAGUAACAAGAUCUAAUGAUGGACCCCCGUACCAGUGCCCAGGACGUGAUGCGAUGUGACCUGUGUGAGACCGCUGUGGUACAGAUGCACUGUGAUACAUGUCUUGUCAACCUGUGUAAGGCCUGUGUAGGAGAACACAUCUCAACAGAUGAAUCCAAGGACCACAAAGUCGUUAAAUUUCAGUCCAGAAAAUCUACCCCCCUCUACCCAGGAUGUACAUCACAUAACAAACAACAAUGUACAAUGUACUGUAACCAAUGUGACAUUCCUGUUUGUACAAAGUGCAUUGCAUCUGGUCAACAUUUAGGUCAUGAGUUGUCAGAAAUCAUACAAAUUGCGGAAGAAAAAAAGGACAAAAUUAUCAAAGAAGUAAUUGAAUUACGUGAGACAAUUUACCCAACCUACAAGGACAUUGCCUCUGAUGUACAAAACACAAUGAGUCAGUUAGAAAAGGAAUAUGGAGAUCUCUCAACAGCCAUAACAAAACAUGGAGAGGACUGGCAUAGAGAAAUUGACAAACUUGUCAAGAAACUUAAAGCUGAAGUUGAUGAGAUGAAAAACACACAGUUACAAACUCUACAGAAACAUCUGGAUGAAAUAAACAAGACAAUGUCUGACAUCAAGGAGGAAAUUGAUUCAAAUGACAUUGCUACAGACACUAAUGACAUGUCAAAACUAUUUCGUGUCCCACAUAGUGUAAUUAAUACAUACAGAAAUCUUCCACAAAAACUUGAACCAAUCAUACCCAAAUUCAUUCCAGGAAAAAUGAAAGAACUUAGCAAAUUCUUUGGCGCCUUAUCAUCAAGUUCUUUAACAUCAGAUGAACAUGGCUACAGCAUGAAGACAACACAGAAAUUACCAGAAGCUGGAUCCUCUCCUCCAGUCAAACAGCUGCUUGAUGAACCAGAGACUGCCACCACCAUACACACUGGGUAUAUAUUUAACCUUUUCAAUGUGGUCUGUCUAAGUGAUGAAGAAAUCUGGACAAGUGGAGACAGCACCAUGGAACUCUACAGCAUCAAUCGGGGAUUAUUACUCAAGUCAAUCACAACCAAGUCAGGGAAAAUACCAGAGGACAUAGCAGUGACAAAAAGUGGAGAUCUAGUUUAUACUGAUUACUGGUAUAGAACUGUAAACAUUGUGAAGAAUGAAAAGAUAGAGGAGGUGAUCAUACUACAGAACUGGAUACCUCACGGUGUCUGUAGUACCUCCUCUGGUGACCUCCUGGUUGUCAUGAUUAGUGAUGACAAACAAACAAAAGUUGUCCGUUACUCUGGCUCCACAGAGAAACAAACCAUUCAGUUUGAUGAUAAAGGUAAACCUCUCUAUUCAUCUGGUGUAUAUAUUACUGAGAACAGGAAUCUGGAUAUCUGCAUGUCAGACAGUGGAGCUAAAGCAGUAGUGGUGGUCAAUCAGACCGGGAAACUGAGAUUCAGGUACACUGGACAUACUCCUGCUACAAAGAACCAACUAUUCCAUCCACGAGGAAUCACCACAGACAGUCAGAGUCACAUCCUUACAGCUGAUUAUAUCAAUGACUGUGUCCACAUCAUAGACCAGGAUGGACAGUUCCUCCGUUACAUAGACUGUGGACUGAGUUAUCCCUGGGGACUGUGUAUAGAUACAAAUGACAAUCUGUUUGUUACUAAAUAUGGAAAGAGACAAGUGAAGAAAAUCAAAUAUCUGAUGUGAAAUACAUCGCUGUGUAGCAUAAUAAUAUAUAAUUAUAAAUCAGCAAAUGCAUGAAAUAUUUCUGAUGUUUUAAGAUACUGAAGAAUGGAACUUUAACUGUGCAUAUAUUUCCUAAAUCUAUCAGUAAGACUCGUUACAUGUGUAUGCAUCUGAAGGGCAUCAUAAAAAACACAAGUAAAAUGAGGAUUGCAUGAAAA